AUGAAUAUCACAGCGUUGAAGGGCGUUCUUCUCGGCGUCAUGGCUAUUACAACCAUUCUUUUUGGCAUUAUACCACUCAAGGUGAUGGAAAUGCUCGCAGGAAAAUCAGGAAAAGUUGAACGCAGAGCCUCCGUCAUCAUUUCCUUGCUCUCUUGUUUUGCUGGAGGUGUGUUUCUGGCCGUCUGCUUCUUGGACAUGAUGCCAGACGCAUACGAAUCAUACGGGAACUGGAAGACCUUGUCGGGUUUCAAAAGCGACUAUCCAUUUGUUCCGCUACUUUUCACAAUAGGAUUCUUUAUGGUGAAAAUAUUCGAAGAAAUUAUGGGAAAAUUUUGUGGACAUGAAGAGUAUGGGGAUGACAGAAGAAAACACGCUGCUACAUUCGUUUCUGUCAUAUCAGAUAUUGAAACCAAUGAUUGUGCUGAUAACCAAUCGGCGAACUCGAAGGUGAAAAUCGUGAAAUCGCUCACCUUUGUGGUUGCUUUAAUGUUUCACGCAAGCUUGGAAGGAUUCGCUUUCGGUGUU